UACUGCCUAUUACGUAGCAAAUCACAGCACGAUAGAUGGUAUCGCAAACUGUACCUAGUGAAAUAUCUCCGAAUCUUUUGUGAAGAACCGAUUACUUAUCGGUCUACCAGUAGCAUAUACAUAUAAACACGUCCCAUUGAAAGACAUUGUUCACUGGACUGUGUCAGCGCGCACAUAAAAAGGGAUUUGCUUGUGAUCAAAUAUUCUAACAUAAAGAACAAUGAUCCAACAAACAGUCCUGACACUUGUGGCUAUAUUUGCCAACGUGAUUGCUCUACCAAAUCCACGGAUACUCGGAACAUACAAAGACUUCAAUCUAAUCACGCGAGAUGACUGGAACGCAAGGCCUGCAAGGAGUCCAACAUCAUUGAUUACACCGGUGGAGUUAGUGAUCAUCCACCAUAGCUACGCACCCGCCGCGUGCUUUAGUACUGAAGACUGCUCCCGGGCUAUGCGCUCGAUGCAAGACUACCAUCAGCUCAGCAACGGCUGGGAUGAUAUUGGCUAUAAUUUCGCGAUAGGCAGCGACGGGCAAGCUUACGAAGGGCGAGGCUGGAACAGGGUUGGCGCGCAUGCAGCUGGCUUCAACUCAAGGAGUAUCGGCAUCGUGCUUAUUGGCGAUUGGGUUUCCGCAGUACCACCUCAAAUACAGCUGGAAACCACGAAACAACUCAUCGCAGUCGGCAUAGAACUCGGCUACAUAAGCCCAGAAUACAGGCUGAUCGGCCAUAGACAGGCCAAAGCCACAGAAUGCCCUGGAGAAGCAUUGUUCCAGGAGAUUUCCACCUGGGAUAGAUUCACGCUUGUUGUAUCCUUUAUUUAUUUAAGGGGAAAGUACCGCUCUCUUGUAACACAAUAUAAGAAACGAUUUACAGUACGAAGUGUCAAAAGAAAACUACGAAGUAACGUGAACAUACAUAGAUGUCUAAUUAUAUAUUUAGUCGUAAAGUACAUAAAUUGUGAAGUAAUUAUGUCUUUAUCUAGUGCUUAUACGGCGUUAGUGCUAGUCACUCACUUGUUUUUAGCGACUGGAUGUCCGCAGCUCUUGGGCGUCCAAACACCAUAUCUUUUAUACUCAAGAGAAGAAUGGGGAGCAGUUCCCUCAACCGAUGUCAGGCCCUUGACGAUGCCUGUCCCAUAUGUGAUCAUACACCACACAUACCUGCCUGCAGCAUGCAACACGACAGAGCAAUGCAAGGCGGCUAUGCGAUCUAUGCAGAACUAUCACAAUAGUUUAGACUGGGGCGACAUUGGAUACAAUUUCUGCGUAGGCAGCGAAGGCGGUGCUUACGAAGGGAGAGGCUGGCAUGUCCGCGGCAUCCACGCUGGUCCGGCCAACAACUACAGUAUCGGAAUAUGCCUUAUUGGCGAUUGGAGAGUGGAACAGCCACCUCAACAGAUGCUGGAGACGACAAAGUCACUAAUCAACACAGGCAUCCUGAAUGGGGUCAUCAGCCCCACGUACAAGCUAAAGGGACACAGUCAGAUCAUGGCCACGGAAUGCCCCGGGACUGUGUUACUCAAGAUUAUAUCAACGUGGGACCAUUUCUCCGAAGGCCCAUUUGUUAUCAAUAAACAAUAAUAUAUACUUACAUU